AUGGCGAUGGGAUCUACGAUGUGUCAACAGGAUGUGGGAUGUGAACUGAGAAAGAGGGCGUACGGCGUGUCACUGCUCUCUUUCAUUGAAGGUUUGGUGGCAAUGGGAUCCAUGAUAUCUCAACUGGAUGCGGCGUAUGUAUUGAGGGGGCUGGCGCUGCCGCUGGCCGCCUCCUGGGUGGUCAUCCUGGCGGCGGGCGGCGCCGCGGCGCUCUACUGCGCGCGCCUGCUGGCGGGGCUCGCCGUCGGCGGCAUCAGCGCCGUCGCCCCGGUCUACAUCGCAGAGAUCGCGCACAGCUCGGUGCGCGGCACGCUCGGCUCUUUCUUCCAGCUCAUGAUCACCAUAGGUGUGCUGUACACGUACUGCGUGGGGGCGGCAGCGCCGUACCACGCUCUGGCGGGGGCGUGCCUGGCGCCGGUGGUGGUGUUCUGCGUGGCCUUCUUCUUCAUGCCGGAGACGCCGUCGCACCUGCUGACGAAGGGCCGGCGCCGCGACGCGGUGCGCGCGCUGCUGCGGCUGCGGGGCGCCCAGUACGACUAUCGCGACGAGAUAGCGCUGCUGCAGGCCGAGGUGGACGAGUCGUCGCGACGCAAGGCGUCGGUGCGUGACGUGCUGCGCAGCCCGGCCGCCAGGAGGGGACUGCUGCUGUCGCUCGGCCUCAUGGCCAUCCAGCAGCUCAGCGGCAUCAACGCCGUCGUCUUCUACACCUCCACCAUCUUCAAGGAGGCCGGCAGCUCGCUGUCGCCGUCAGCGGCGGCGAUCGUGGUGGGUGUGGUGAUGGCGGCGGCGACGUUGGCGUCGUCUCUGCUGAUGGACCGGCUGGGGCGGCGCGCGCUGUUGCUGCUGUCCACGGCGGUGAUGGCGGUGGCGCUCGCGGUGCUGGGCCUGCACAUCCACCUCGCCCUGCAGGGCGUCGGCUGGCUGCCGCUCGUCUGCGUCUGCGUCUACAUCGUCGUCUUCUCGCUGGGCAUGGGGCCCGUGCCCUGGCUCAUGAUGGGCGAGCUCUUCAACCCGGAGGCCAAGAGCAUCGCGUCCGCCGCCUCCGUCUUCACCAACUACCUGCUCGUCUUCGUCAUCACCAAGACUUUCGAACCCAUGUCGAGCGCCCUCGGCACAGCCGUCGUCUACUGGAUCUACGCCGGGCUGUGCGCUGCUGGCGCCGUCUUCGUCUUCUUUCUGGUGCCCGAGACUAAGGGAAAGACUAUGCAGCAAAUCCAGGAGAUGCUAGCCACAGGGAAGACCUCGUGACCCCCGUCUCAUACCGUACCCAGGAUUCACAUAGAACAGUGAACAAGAAAAAGAGUAUCUCGCUGAACGAAUCAUCGUAGUUUACAGGAUGAGUAUGAAAUGCCUACUCUCUGUUCUGCGUACCAAGCCAAUACAGACA